CAGAAGAGGCCUGGCCUUGGUUCUAAUAAUAGUUUAGAAGAAAGGCUGAGCCCUUUCAUUAGGGGACACUAAAUUCCAUUCAAAUUAAUAGAGAAACUGCAGAGUAAUUAUUUACAGCUGUGGCUUGGAUGAAGUUUCCUAACAAAGAACUGUAUAGGGUGGCUAUGAGGCUACCCAGACUUGAUGCGAAGGAGAGGGAUGGCCAACAUUCCUUCUACUUCACCAAGCCACUCGUCCCAGGAGGGAGGCUGGCAGCCCAACCCUACAUAGACGAACGUCCCAAUGAAUUCGACUGAGUUCACUCUCAACACGUUUCUCUGGAGUUGUGAAGCCAUUAGAGUGCUGAAAUGAGCAGUGAGUCCAAUGGGAAAGGUUCUGGAUGUGGAGGCAGUGGCUUUCGGAGAUGGAGAGGAAGAGAAGGAUGGCAAGGGCAUGGAAAAAAUUGUGGGCAAAGAGGAAAUUGGAAAAAUGCUGCUGCAAAGUCAGUGUCUGCUCCAGGUCAGCUCAUUCAGAAAACAUUGGAUCAGGCUACUCCUUUUAGAGGCUGGAAACUUUAUUUCUCUGAAGCAUAUGAUGACAAAUCCAUUUUUAUUCAGAAGAUUGAAGCAUUUGAAAAGUUUUUUAUGUCUCGAAUAGAGCUUUAUGACAAGGAUGAAAUAGAAAGAAAAGGAAGUAUUCUUGUGGAUUACAAAGAUCUGACAAAUGAUAGAGAAGUGGUAGAAUCAAUACCUGAUAUUACUUCUGAAUUCAGGGAGAUGCCACAGAGAAUAUUGGACUGCUUGGGCCUGGCCAUACAUCAGGUGCUAAGCAAAGAUCUUGAAAAACAUGCAGCAGAACUAAAGGAACAAGAAGGGCUGCCAAUUGAUGAAGAGCCGAUAAUAAAUGUGCCUCAUAUUCAUGCAAGAGUGUACAACUUUGAUCCGCUUACUCAACUGAAAAAUAUUCGAGCUAAUUGCUAUGGGAAAUACGUUGCUCUGCGUGGGACUGUUGUUCGUGUCAGUAAUAUUAAGCCUAUCUGUACUAAGCUGGCUUUUAUAUGCAAUUCUUGCGGAAAUGUUCAGAGCUUUCCUCUGCCUGAUGGAAAAUACACUCUUCCCACAAAGUGCCCUUUGCCUGAAUGCCAUGGACGAUCAUUCACUGCAGACAGAAGUUCUCCUUAUACAGUCACAGUGGACUGGCAGUCUAUUAAGAUUCAAGAGCUAAUGUCAGAUGAUCAGCGAGAGGCUGGUAGAAUUCCUCGCACAAUAGAGUGUGAACUGCUUCAAGACCUUGUAGACAGCUGUGUUCCAGGAGAUGUGAUUACAGUUGCAGGAAUUGUCAAGGUGUCAAACACUGAAGAAGGGUCAUCUAGAAAUAAAAAUGAUAAAUGUGUGUUCUUACUAUACAUUGAGGCAAACUCUAUCAGUAAUACUAAAGGACAGAAAGUCAAGAAUGAUGAAAAUGGAAUAAACCAUCAAGCAUGCAUGGAGUUUUCACUUAAAGAUCUGUAUGCCGUCCAGGAAAUUCAAGCUGAAGAGAACCUAUUCAAAUUGAUCAUCAACUCCCUUUGUCCUACUAUCUAUGGUCAUGAGAUUGUGAAAGCUGGUUUAGUGCUGGCAUUAUUUGGAGGAUGUCAGAAGUACAUGGAUGAUAAAAACAGGAUUCCUAUUCGAGGAGACCCACACCUGCUGGUGGUUGGAGAUCCAGGACUGGGGAAAAGUCAGAUGCUGCAAGCUGUAUGCAGUAUUGCACCUCGCGGUGUCUAUGUCUGUGGCAAUGCCACUACUACAUCAGGCCUGACUGUAACUCUGUCUAGGGACAGCUCAUCUGGAGACUUUUCUUUGGAAGCUGGUGCCCUUGUGCUUGCUGAUCAAGGUAUUUGUGGAAUAGAUGAAUUUGAUAAGAUGGGGAGCCAGCACCAAGCUCUUCUGGAAGCCAUGGAACAGCAAAGUAUUAGUCUUGCUAAGGCUGGUAUAGUUUGCAGUUUGCCAGCCAGAACUUCCAUUGUAGCUGCAGCAAAUCCAUUUGGGGGCCACUAUAACAAAGCCAAAACAGUAUCUGAGAAUUUAAAAAUGGGAAGUGCUUUAUUGUCCCGAUUUGACUUGGUAUUCAUACUGCUGGAUAUACCAAAUGAAGAUCAUGACCACUUGCUUUCUGAACAUGUGAUGGCAAUGAGAAGUAGAAAGCAGACUGGAUGCAGCAGUGCUGUAGUGAUUCGUAGGAACUCUCAGAAUUCAAGUUUAUCAAUCCUUGAAGCAGUUUCAGACAAACCAUUGUCUGAAAGAUUAAAGCUCAUUCCAGGAGAAAGCUUUGACCCAAUUCCACACCAGCUGUUAAGGAAGUAUGUUGGCUAUGCUCGGCAGUAUGUACACCCCAGAUUAUCUCCAGAAGCUGCCCAUGUCCUCCAGGAAUUCUAUCUUGAGCUCCGACAACAUAGCCAACGAGCAGAUACUACACCCAUCACCACACGACAGCUAGAGUCAUUGAUACGUCUUACUGAGGCACGGUCAAGAUUAGAAUUAAGAGAAAUGGCCACCAAAGAAGAUGCUGAGGAUGUUAUAGAAAUAAUGAAAUACAGCAUGUUAGGAACUUACUCUGAUGAGUUUGGAAAGUUGGAUUUUGAACGUUCUCAGCACGGUUCUGGCAUGAGCAACAGGUCACAAGCAAAGCGAUUUGUUUCUGCCCUCCAUGGGAUUGCAGAAAGAACCUACAACAACCUAUUUGAGUUUCAACAGCUCCAACAGAUUGCAAAGGAAAUAAACAUAAAAGUAGCUGAUUUUGAAAACUUUGUUGGAUCUUUAAAUGACCAGGGUUAUUUCUUGAAAAAAGGUCCAAGAUUAUAUCAGCUUCAGACGAUGUGAAUUAACUCGGCAAUUGAAGAAAACAUUUGCUGGAAGAGGCCAGUUGAAUGCAACAUGGUACUGUACUGAGGCUCAUCAUAUCUUGUAGGUACCUAAGACUAAGGUGCAAGAAUCUUUAAAAAAAAUCUGUACCUUCAAAUAAAUCAACUGUUGUUAUUCCAGUUAGGAGUGGAGCGACUACUGAAGCCAAGUACUGCAAUGACAGAAAAAAGCUGACUACCAUUUGCAAGUACUCUAAGUGCCCAUGAAAGAAACUAAUAUACAGUUAAUCUUCAAAAGUAGCUGCAAAAAAGUAUGGUAGUAUCUGUCCUAUUAAAGAACAGUCCAAGAUGUUAAUUGCAACUGCAAUACUUUAAGAUGUUUAGUAGACUUUCAUAGUUGAUAGUGCAGUAAACCCAUGACUCAGUUUAGACAAGCAGAAACAAGUAUGCUCAUGAACUUUCUCUUGCAUGUCACAUGAACUAUAGAACGUGUGAGAUGGAAGAAGGGAAUGUGGAAAUCUGCAACACAUUCAGAUUAUAAUCUUUGUCUGUUAACAUAUCCAUUCAGAGGCUGCAGGAACUGGUACUCAGUUGCAUAAAAGCUAUGUAAACAAUGAAGCUGAAUGCCUUAAUUUCAUUUCUCAAAUUGAUGCUGUUGAGAUUUUGCUUAAAUGAAACAAUUUCAUAAAGAUGUAUUGUAACAUUAACAUUGUAAACUGAAAUAUUAAUCCAAUGUACAUAUGUUUAGUAUAUUGUGAACAACUGUUCUUUAAUAAGUGCUAAUUUAGUGCACUGUGUUGGAUUAUUAUUUAAAACAGGCAAUAAAAGUUAUCAGUUUUUAUUAAAUGUGUUGAUAAAACCACGUAUCAUCUCAA